ACUCUGAGGAGACUCUCUGGCCUCGUUUUCAAAAACAGCGAGGCGGAAGUAGGAGCUGCCGCGCGCCGGUUCUCUCUCUCCUUCCUCCAAUCAGAGCUCGAGCUGCAGCUCGGAUUUCCCCUGACGCGGUUGUGACGCGGGAGUGUGAAGGCCCGGCGAGCGGAGCCGCGAGCGCUGAGUGAGAGGGGGUUUAACACCCUGGCGCUUCCUGUCCGCAGGUCCGGCCGUGUCUCCGCUGCUGUCGGGAUGCUGCGGCUGUUCAGCGUGCUGGUCGUGGCCGGCCUGGUGCUGGCGUGCCUCACCUCCCUGCUUCUGGACAGCUACGACACCAGCCGGCACCUCAGACGGAGCUUAGAGUCGCGGGGAGACGAGCGGAGGAACCGCAGGAGCAGCGAGCCGCCGUUCCCCGGAGCAGAGCCGGAGAACGUGUUCUGGUUUAUUCAGGUAUCAGACAUUCAUAUCAGUCGCUUCCAUGAUCCAAAACGUAUUCCAGACUUUGAAAAGUUCUGCACUGACACUAUUGACGUGAUUAAACCUGCCCUUGUGCUGGCAACAGGGGACUUAACUGACGCUAAGACUGAAAAUAAAAUGGGCUCACUUCAACAUGAGGUGGAGUGGCAGGCCUAUCACAACAUCCUAAAGAGAUCACGUGUGCUGGAACGCACUAAAUGGAUUGACAUCCGUGGAAACCAUGAUGCCUUCAAUAUCAUAUCUCUGGACAGUGUGAACAACUACUACAGGAAGUAUUCUGCCACCCAGAAAGUUGGCUCCUUCCACUAUGUACACAGCACUCCAUUUGGGAACUAUUCCUUUAUCUGUGCUGAUGCAACCCUCAUCCCUGGGCCUAAGCGUCCCUAUAACUUCUUCGGAAUACUUGAUCAGAAUCAGAUGGACUUGUUGGCAACCUACAGGGAGGAGAGCUACAGGAGCAAUCAGACCGUCUGGUUUGGCCACUACACCACUUCCACAGUCAUCUCCCCUUUCCCUGGAGUCCGGGCCUUGAUGAGCACAGCAGUGGCCUACCUCUGUGGACAUCUGCACUUGCUAGGUGGGCUUACACCUGUCCUCCACAGCAGACACCCUGGGGGAACCCUGGAGCUGGAGCUAGGAGACUGGAUGGACAACCGCAGAUACCGGGUGCUGGCUUUUGACCACGACAUCUUGAGCUUCUCAGACCUAAAGUUUGAUGACUGGCCAGCAGUGGUCAUCACCAACCCCAAAGAUGCGCAGUACUUGCAUCCAGGAGUGGAACCGCUGGGCCGCAUCCGAAGCUCGACACACAUCAGAAUGCUGGUCUUCUCAGCAGCACCGAUCACAGCAGUGUAUGUCAGUGUGGAUGGAGAUGCUCUAGGGAAAGCAGUGUCUGUAGGAGGACCUCUGUUUGUGGUGCCGUGGGAUCCUUCCUUGUACUCUACUGGACUGCACACAAUAAAAGUCAAAGUGGAGGACUCAGCAGGUCGUUCCAAGGUGCAAGAGCAGCAUUUCACCCUGCAGGAAGAUCUCGCACUCAGCUUCGGCUUCCUGCAGUCUUUCAUCCUUCUCACUGAUCACUACAUCCUGGCACGGAUUGCUUUUGUUGCUGCUAUUCUGCUGAACGUGGGCAUCCUUGUACUCUUCAGAUUCAAACAAGCGCCCUCUGCCCGAGGUGCAGCUCAGAGGAAACAUGGGCUCUUCUCUCAAGCAUGCAUGUCCCUCCAUCUCGUCAGCAAGAUCAACACAUUCUACUACACCCUGCUGCUGUUUAAUCUGUGCACAGCAUUAGGUCCGUGGUUCAUCGGGGAGGUGAUUGAUGGGCACAAUGGCGUCUGCUUUGUGUUUGGCGUGUUUGUGGAUGGGCAUUUUCUGGAAGGUAGUCUGACCUAUGUAUUGGGCAUUAUGCAGCUGGUGUUCUUUAACAUGCCUCUGACUUGCUACCUCUGCUGGAGUCUUCACCAGCGCUGCUGUGGCUUCUCAUUACGCUCCCACUUCUGUCGGCCGGGAUGCCGCUGGCGGACUCUGCCCGUUCACCUGGUCAUGCUGGGUCUCCUCGUGUGGCAGGCCUACUCCUGCUACUUUCUGCUGGAGACCUACGGAUCAGUGGCUUUCUUUCUGUCGCCGGUGCGUACCUGGGCUCUAAUCAUGGGUCUGCUACUGGUCUACAAGGCCUGGAGAGGACCAGCUCCACACUUCCCUGACAAUAAGAGCGGCACGCAGUUAUGACAGUUAAGACACAGUGAAGUGGACAUACAAAGGGUCUUUUUAACAUUCUUUUUAAACAUUUUACCUACAGUAUACCUUGUGUUGUGCCAAGCUUCCCCUUCAUUCUGUAUAGUCAAUAUACGGAGCUGUUUGUUUGCGUCUUGAAGGUGCCUCUAUGGUCAGUGAUGUUAACUGCAUUACUGGUUAUGGUAGAGUGCGUAGGUCAUUUUAUUUAAAAUCGGCCGUCACUCAAAAGGUUUUCUAGGAUUUUGAGGGCAUUUUCACACCUUAAUUUAUUGUUGAUUAAAAAAAUUAAUCGACCAGAAGAAGUUGCUGGAAUCAAGUGAAUUCCUUAACUUUAUAUGUGUGAAUGUAAUGAAGAUCUGUCUAAGUAAUUAUGAUAUUAGAAUGAAAGGAUACGUUUAUUGUAAUAAACUACAAUCUAGUACCCUGUUGGGCCACCUCUAGCCUGGAUACAAGAUGUGAUACGGUUGGGCAUGGGGGGGCCUUAAGGUUAUAUAUGGCCUCAUGUGGCACAUUUGCCCAUAGUUAUUGCAGCUGGGCCUGAAGAUCCUGCAUGCUUAAAGGUUGCUGAGACUUACAUCCCAGCUGGUCCAAUAAAUCUUUGAUUGAGGUUACAUUGGCAAACACGGCAACCAAGGAAGUGGUGCAAUCUGACUAAGACUUUGAGAAGAAACACUUGCUUUGUGUGGCUAAAAAAUGUCAGUUGGAAGUCCUAACAUGAGAGAUGCUACAUCAACAUAUGUAACCGUAGGAUGUCCAGUACAUAUUGCUGUUAAGUGUCUGACCACUGCAAAUAACGACAAUGGUAGCUGGUUGACUGAUGGCCUAAGAGGUGUGCAAUUUGUCAAAACAACCAUCCAACCUGGUCUUAGUGUAAUGAUAUGCCCCUUCCUCCCUGAACUCAAUCAAAGCUCUCACCAAGAGGUACACUACCUAAAAGUAGACUUUUUUUUUAAUUAUACAGGGCAGUAUGGAAACCCUUUACACCCUCUUGACCUCCAGACCACAACUGUAAGCAUUUACAUAUCUUCCUGAGACAUAAUUAUACUGUAGAAAUUAUCUGAAAUUAUACCAUGCAAAAACAUACCAUCCCAAUGUGAUUACUGCCUGUGAUCACACCAGCCCAAAUGAAUCGCCUAAGUGUGAAAGUGCAGUUGUGAAAACGCUCUAAGACUGAGACUUGUGAAUGGUUUAUCUAGCAAUGCUACAUGCUAUGCUGCCACACUUUUUUAUGUAGUCAAACACUGAUCAAUUCAUAAAAUGCAUGUGAAUUUUUCUGACCAACACUGAGGGCCAGUGGAAAAAAAAGAUGGUUCCAGAGAACUGGAAGAAAUGUAUCUGUGGGUCUGAACCUUUGGAAAGCUAGCAUUUCCACAUGGAAAAACUGCUUCAGUCUGCUGGCGCUGUAGUAGUUACUCAACCACACACUAAAUAAGCACCGUCAUUACACACUUCCCUUAAACAAAAACUUCCUGAAUUUCACAAGCUUUUAGUUUCAUUCUGCUCCGUGAACAAUGUGUGUCAAUGGGUGUCGAACACGUACUUAUUUGUUAAAUUCACCUUCUGUCAAUGUUUGUCACCAGAGGAGCAGGAAAACCUUCUUCAGCAAAGAAUAGGUUACACAUCUGAGCUUUCUCUCCCAUGCUUUUUAGUUCUGCUAAAACGUUUUAUUAUUAAAAACAAAGACCAUCCCAAAUAGUUUUAAGCACUCUUUAAAUAUUUCCUGUUUAAUUUCCAAGGCUUUGUUUAAAGCAUAGCAUAAUUCAUCUGAACCAGCUCGUAAGAAUGCAGUGACUGGCUACGAUAUAAAUAAAUAAUAAAGGACUCAAUCAGUAAAUCAAUGAAAAAGGAAGUGGCUAAUAGCACAGUAAAUUUAUGGAGGAAAUUAAAGUUCCCUUUAUACUGUGAGAAUUAGGCCUGCCAUGCUAUGUCUUAAUGUCUAAAUAUUCUUAACAAUCCAGAAAGUAAUUUUUUUAGGGAUGCACUGAAUAUUUGGCAACAGAAAUUACCAUUGACCAAAACAGUGCAAAACAAAUUGCAACCAGUUGCAAUGUUGAAGUUGUUCAGUAUUCAGGAAAUAACAGUAGUUUUGUAGCUAAAGCCAAAAACCCCACUAGGUAUGAUUUUCUUGAUUAUUGAUCUUUUUAAAGAAGUGAAAUUACAGCUUGAAACUCACUGCAGCGUUCCAUUGAGGUGUAAUAGGAGGAAUAGCAGUGCUCUCGUGUCUGUGCCGGGCUCCUUUGAGCUCCAACCAGACACUGUUUUACGAGGCAGCCGCGGCCAGCGCUCGCGAGAACUGCGACCUGCUUUCCGACCUUCAGUUCUAACAGUUCUACAAGGACUACUGGUUCAUUCUUUACAAACUAACAUACAGACAGACACUCUGGCAGAAGCUGGAAAGAGACCGAAUAUGUCUGUGAAAGCCAGAAAACGAGAAAGAGAAACUAAUCGGCCUGAAACAUUUAUUACACUCUGCAACUGUAGGGGGAGCACAAAAUCUCAAUCCUACCUAGUGGGGCUUUAAUCUAGCAAAGGUGGGGGAAAAAAAUUAUAAUAAUAAUUAAAAAAAAAAAACUGUGUUUGGCUUUCAGCUACAUUAUUAUAAAAUGGUCUUAAAAUGAUAAUAGUUUAUCACAAUUAUUUUGGGGGACAGUAUGUAGUGAUCAUGACAUCUAUUGUAAGACAUGGUUUAAGCUGCUUGCUGAAAACAGUCAGAUACUGGGUUUUGAGGAUAAACCUGUUAAAAUAAUUGCACUGUAUUCCAGAAUACCACUGUAAUUAUGUGUGAAUCUAGGGGUCAGUUUUUUUAAGUAGUGCUGGAUUUAGGGGACUGUUUAGUAGCAUGGAAUAUGUGAUUAUAUAUGAUUGCUAUGUUUUCAUUUUGGCUGCUUUUUCCUUUUUCCUUCGACUUUGGGUAUGUACGCAUCUCGAGCCUCAUUAAUGCAUUUAGUUUUUUGCUCAGAUAAGAUUUUGCUAUCUUGACGGUUCACAUUCAUAAAUAUAAGACCUAUAUCUUUCAUCUGUAAUUCUGUAAUGUGCAAGAAUCUCUCUGUGACAUAGCACCCACCCCUGUGCACAUUUAUGUUUAUGCACGUUAUUCUUUAACCAUCCACUGACUUGCAUUACAAAGCCCUCACCUUCAUUCUCCUUCAGCACUAAGCACAUGCAUACAAGCUAUAGGAUGCAGCAAAACUGAUGUUCUCGUUCAGAUACACUAACAUUGCAUGAAUGUGCAUUUAAAAUGCUUUGUUUAAACUACAGGCAAAUCAGAGUUGUUUCUUAAAUCAGAUCUGCCGCAAUGGCUGACCACACUGUUAAUUGUAAGUGCUUAAAUUGGAUUUGCAUGUUCGGGCAUCAAUAACCUAUCUGCACGGGUGGUAAUGACAUCAGAUCCUACAGUAACUGCCGUGCUGCUGGAUUCUUGCUGUUUCAUCACUCUAGGUUUGAAGUGAUCAUUGUUUGUCACGUUGCAAGUGAUACAAAUGACAAAAUCUGAUUUGAGUGGCCAGAGCAUCCAGACUGACAGAGAUACAUCUCUUCAAAUGCAUUUUUAAUCACAUUUCAAACCACCUCCUAAUAUGUUUGGAUUCAUUUGCAAAAAUCAGAUUUUAUGUUUUUUUUUUGUUAGUUUCUUUUCCAAAAAUAAAUCUGUUUAUAAUUUAGAUAUGCUAACAAAAAUUACAUUUGGGUUGGCAGUCUGAACAUAGCCAAAGUGUCUCAAAUCUGAUUUGAAAAGAUCAGAAUUUGCUUGUCUACACAGCCCUAAAAAAAUCCAAACUGUGCAAAAAACAAAGUAAAAGAAAACAACAUAUUUGAUGCACUUUUGUCGGGUUUUAACGAUGAAUGGAACAACUUAAAUACUUAAAAAUGAGAAGUACAUGAUGUACUUAUAUAUGUAUGUGCAUGUAUAUUCACUACAGUUGAGCACAUUUUAUGUUUUUCAUAGGCAAGAUCAACUGUUUUUUGAGGGUGGCGGAGAGGGUUAUUCUUUGUUAUCUGGCUGUGGACACAUGCUGAUGUGAAUUAAAAUUAGGGAAUCAGAGUCAACAAUCAUACAUAUUCACAAUCAUGAGUUAGCAAAAAGGGUUUCUGAUAGUUUUGACACAAUUACCAACAAACGACAGAGUCAACUGGAAGACUGAGAAUACAUGAGAUUGCUGUUUUACUACGUCCUGCCCUACAUUUGCUGUUUUUUUUUUUUUCCUUUUGUGUUUUCUACUGACCCUCUUCAACAACACAUUUGCUGUGACAGAUUCUGGUGUAUUAGUGGACUUUUGUUGCCUUUCUGUGUUGGGUCACUCAAGGUCUCUGUUGUCUCAGGAAUGUAAAGACUUGAACAAUGGGCUGCACUGGAUUGUCUGUUAACAUUGUGAACGGUAUGGGAUGUUACGCAUUUAUUUGUUGUUUAUUUGUGACACAUGUGGUCUGAUAUUUACCUGAAUACAUGUUAAUCAAGACUUGUGGUGAAGUGAUCUGAAUGUUACUUGAAAAGAUUUUAGAUUUUAAAUGAUAUGCUUUUUUAAAAUGAUUAUAAUUAUUUACCCUUCUUGA